GGACACCGAGACGGGACGGCACGGGUAGAGCAGCGACGACCCGAACCGACGCGUGUCGACGUACGAGGCGACGAAUGUCGAGGUUUCUCAGUCUGCGGAGGAGAUGCGCGUCCCAGGGGACUGCGGGGCAAUGAGUAGCGACGAGUCGGCCGGAACGCGGGUCAUGAGUAGCGCAAAAUGAGACGAUCGUAUAACGCCGCGGCGGAGGCCCGAACGACGGACUGCCUCGAAGUCACGAGACGUCUGCACAAAAGCGUGACGGAGAUCGUGAGGAAGUUGGACGAGCAAAGGAAUCGCGCCCUGACAGUGAGCGACAUAUUUGUUCCAUCUGGGAGGAUUCAGCGCGUGAAGCUCAAGGAUUAUUGCGAGAGGCUGAUAUUGAAAGAUCCCGUUGCGCACAAGACAGAGGAGCUUCUGUGGCGAAGGGCUUUCUACGAUGUUGUGUACGCAGCCAAAAAAUUGCGGAAGGGCAAUACCUGGAAUGAUAUGGAAAAAUCGUUGCUUUCGGUCCAUUUGGAGGGUGGUGUGGGAUAUUAUCAUCAUCUGAUAAUGAGACUGCAAAUGGAAUAUGAUUUGGACCUCGUUGGGGUUGUCGACUUUGCUUUCAUUCACAAUGAAAGUAUUUCGUCAUGCACAAGAAGUAAAUCGGGGCAAUCUAAAAUUCAUCCGAAGGAGGUCAAACAGUGUGUCAUGCGCCUGAUCCAUCGAAGCUUGGUAUGCCUUGGAGAUUUGAGUAGGUACAAAUUAGAAUUAAAUUCGAACUGGGAUCCAAUGAUAGCAAACAGAUAUUAUCGGAUGGCUAUAGCCAUUGAUCCAAACGUUGGUAUGCCUCACAAUCAGCUUGGUACUAUAGCGGGUAAUAAAAAUUAUGGAUUAGAUGCGGUUUAUCAUUAUAUGAGGAGCCUUUUGUGCCCUGAGCCAUUUGAAGGGGCGGAAGGAAAUUUAAGGAAAAUUGUAGUCACUCAGUCCAGCUAUACAGAUGAAAGCGAUCCUGUCCAUCAUUGCAUAUCGCGAUUAUUUUCUUUAUUACGUUUAUGGGAUUACGAACACCCACAUUCUGACAAGAUAAAUCAAGAAUGCCAAGACCUCCUAACCGAUCUAGAGAAUUGUUUAGCAAUGGAACGAGUCGAGCCAAGUAACUCAAAUUGUCUCGAAAACGCGGAUAACAUAGAAACAUAUCUUCAAAAUUGCAAAAACAGACCAACGCUCUAUUUAACAGACGACAUGGUGUUUAAGAUUGUGACAAUAUGCUUAAUGUCAAUUUCUAGAUUAAAGAACAAAGAAUCCAACGAAGUACAGGGCGUCGUUGCUAUAACUUUAGCGAUACUGUCGCAAUUGCUAGAAUUUAUAAUAAGAAAAUUGCAAGAGAAGAUCGUAGAAACGGCAGUGCCUGAUGUAGAAAGAACAAAGUUGAAAAAUGCCCAGGAAAAUCAGGCGUCGUCUGUAUCGGGGAGCAAUGGGGAUCACGUGGAAGAAAAAGGCUCUACUUUGAGCAAAGACAAUAAUGUAUUCAAUUUAGAUGGGAAUAACAAAGCCAAGUCAAUGGACAACGGAAUCGCGAACGAAUCGGGUCCCAAGAAGACUCGCGACAAAUCGAAAAGUCUUCUCAGCAAGCUUCGUAGACGAAAAAGGAGAGCCAGCUCCGAUUCGGAUGCGAGCGACCUGGACCAAUCGUUACUGGCAUCGUCCAGUGACGAAGUCAAUUCCGACGUGUCCGAAACGGAGGAGGACGACGCACUGUCAGAUGAUAAUACGGACGACGAGGAAUCAUCUCCGGAAAAUAAGAUCCAAGCUAUCGAAAACGUAGCGCAGAUAGCGAAGGAAGAGAUAAACGGUCACGGCAGCGACGUUGUCGAGAAAACUGAGAAUUGCGAAAAGAAUGGCACUGACCAUUUGGUUAACGGCCAAAAGUACGCGACUGACCGGCAGACGGAUUUGAAAGCGACGAGUGAUAAAGAUUCCAUUACAAAUUCCAGCAGCGCCGUAACCGUCACGAACACUGACUCGACUAGCACCUUCGAGGGAGGCAACGAUCGCUUGUGCAACGCAGACACCAACAUUCUUCAUACGGCACAGUUGAAGAAGCGGAGCUUAAAGUCGGACGACAUUCUCAACAUAUUGGUUGGCAAGGAGAUCCUCGUGUCUGUUAAGGUAUGCUGCGAUUGGCUUCGAAGUAAUCCUGACAUUAUAAGGAUGUGCGCCAAGAGUACGCGGACAUUGUUGAAGCGUGUUACGAUCCUGUUAAAUCUAAUCGACGUGGACGUCGAGGCUCUCGUGGGGGGGAGCGAGGAUUCUACGAUUCUAUCCAGCGUGGAGAGAUUGAGGGAGUGUGUGAAAACGGUACCUCUACCGGAGGACAUUGAUCUCCGAGGGUUGAGUUUGCUGGAAAACGCUCACAAAGCUCUCGACUGGCAAAUACUUCGUAAACACCGAAUGAACAAGCGGGAAGAGACGUUACUGAGGGUGCUGAAGCUAAUCGAAUUCGGACAUCAUCUUUGUUCCGUUGAGGAUUCGAGGGUGGAGUACGAUCGCACCGAGCGAUUGUUCACCUUAAUGGACGCGAUCUCCUCGAAGGCUCCGAAAGUAAUAGGUCUGGACGAGAAGAGCCUUGGGCUGGAACAUUCGAAAGGGAAGCUUAUGAGACACAUGGGUAGGUUGUGGCUAAACGCCGAAGUCCGAGCUCUAGAAAGCCAGUUACGAGCUCGAAUAAUGUCGCCAUACCUUGUUCCUGAUCACGAAGCCUUAGCCAAGCAUAUGCCGGCUCUAAAACGCUUGGUGUACGCAAAGAAAUUUAUAAUGGUGAUUCCCGUGGCUGUUGUUUCUGCUUUGGACGAAAUGAAGCACGAAAGCGUUCAGGCGAGAGAAGUGACGCGAUGGCUGGAGGUCCAAUUUAGACGUGGCUCAAGGUUUUUACGGGCACAGAGAUCUCACGAGCAUCUCGCGCUGCCGUUGAUAAAAGGACCAAAACCAAAGGACAAGGAAGCAUGGCUAUUUUUCCAGAUGAUAGAGUGUUGUCACUACCUCACUCAGCAGGCGAAGGUCGGUUUUACUGGUGACGGAGAGGUGCCGGUUGUGACCCUUCUGACGGGUUGCAGACUCGACGAUAGGAAAGCUAUGACUUUCAGUCCCGAUGGAUUAGCGAAAAGUGCAGGAGUUAAUCUCGAGCAUAUAGAAGCGUUUCAAAUGAAGUGCAAGUCGUCGAUCAAGAGCUAUCGUUGAGAAAGACCUGUCGUCCCUGCGUGAUUGUUCGUCGCUAAUCUCAUUCAGAGAUAUCCAUCGCUCGGGUGCUACACAACCGGAUUCUCAGCUGAUCGGCAGACAAGCAUGGCAAGAGGGUUGGAAACCCGCGCGUAACGAAACGGAAAAUCGACGAGAUACUCUCGCGCCGCUGGUAAAUCGGUGCCGACGGAGACCGUCAUUUUCCGACAGAAGAACCUUAAGUAACAGAACGACGUUUCUUUUCCUCUUUCUAAUCAUUCGUAUUGCCAUUUAUGUUUAAAAAGAUUGUAUUUUUAAGUAAACAUUUUUAAAUAAUCA